AUGUUCGUCUUCAGGCCAAGACCCGAGGAGGCGAGAGGCCUCAAAGAUAUACAUCUCCUCUGUCUGAAAGGAGACCGUGAUGGGCUCUUGAAAUUGUUGCCAGACCCCAGGGCGGUAGAAGCUCUCACAAAGACUGGAGAAACACCACUCAUGCUAGCAGCCCUCAUGGGUCAUGUCGAGAUCGUGGCCAUCCUUCGACAACAUCAAGCGUCACUAGGCGCUACAAAUGAUUGUGGCAGGAAUGCCUUGUGUUAUACAGCUGAUGACAUUUUCAAUGAUCUUCGACGAAAAAGUUUCUCGGAUCAAUUCAUUGAGACAGAUACAGAGGGGGCAAAGCUGCGGCGAUUCUUGAUUGCCGAAGCCUUACAAAACCCUGGCCAAGAGAAGCCACAACAUCACCGGAACAGCGACCACUCCACCGAAACAACAAUUUUUAUAAGAAAUCAAAAUAGCAUCGAGAUGUUUCGCAGGGUGACCAACGUUCGAAUCCCACGGAGUCGUGUGCAUCAUAAACAAAGCCUCCGAAAGGGUCAAAAGAGCACGACGUCCAAAAACUUCGCGGCCAUUAAGGCACCAGGCGAUAUAUAUCCAAGAGCCUAUGCUGUUUCCGGCUGGGCAAAGCCGAAACCUGCGAAGUACCCAGACCUACUAGAUGGUUACCGGUGGACCCAACUCGCACUGGCAGUUGCCCGCACUAUCGGCUUUCAUUUCAAACGCCACAGACUAGACAUGGGAGGGGAGUCAGGCACAGUGAAAGAGAAAAAAAUAGGGAGAUUCUUUGCGAGCCAUGCAGAGAUUCAAGUUGCAACAUGGUAUUGCGUUGAGCUCUUGGUUGCUCAUGGGUUAAAACCAGUUGCAUCGAGAACAUUUCUGUCUCGGCACUUGACCGAUCUCUCGCAUGCCAAUCUUGGAAAUGCCAGGCGUGCGAUUAUCGACAUGACCAAGCCGCCAUGCAAAAGCUGUGGCUUAUAUCUACGACUUUUGAGCAGAAUGACCGGAAUUGUUUUCGAGGUACACCACCAAAAAACUGCUGAGCGAAUCCCUGACGAAGUGGUCAAUCGUAGCUAUGACCUUUGUCCAUCAGAAGGGCUUGCAGAGUCAGUCGAUGGAGGCAGCGAAGCAGGCUGGUCUGAUGAUGGCAUGGAUGAGAAUGCUAUGACGGGUUGCGAUGACCGUGUCAUGGAUGACUGUGACGAUGACCAUGUUAUGGAAGACUGUGACGAUGACCGUGUCAUGGAAGACUGUGGCGAUGACCGUGUCAUGGAAGACUGUGGCGAUGACAUCGUGGAGGACUGCGGCAACGAUGAUGCUGAUGGCGAUCGUUGCGCCAAUUCUCAAACUGAGCGCAAUGAUAUCGAAGCCUCGCCCACCCCGUCAGAUUAUCAAUACUUGACGUUGGGAACGCCAUUGUUGUCACCUUUACGACAGAGAGCAACAUCAGAAGCAUCUUCAGUUACGAUUGUGGAAUCCCUUGGGCCUGACGAUCGAGAAUUGGAGGUCGAAGGUGUCGAUAAGAUAAACGUUGAGUAUCCUCUCAUAAUAUUAUUCUCUGAAUCAAUAGCUCAUAAAUCCUUUAGUCUACAUUUUACGGUCGCUCUCCAAGCACAAGACGCCCUAGAGCCAGCCCUGGCCUGA